UUCAUCAAUAUGAACAAUUUUGAUAGUGAUAGGUCUCAAAACCCUUUUCAAAGAACCUCAGAUGUAAAAAGAAAGAGACGGUUUAAUGAAAUGAAUGAGGAAUGAUACAUGGAUGCAGAAUCAACCUAUCAAUCUUCAUCACCCAGUUCUGGUAAGAAGGAUCCUGGGUAUUUGAGAGCAAACCAGAAAAGAAGAGUGAUGGUUGACUCCUCCAUGAGAGAAGUCGAGCAAAAGAUGAUAGACCUUGACCUAGCAAGAGAAAGUAGAGAUGAAAAUAUUAAGAGCCAUCGUAUUAAUUCGUGAUUGAAGUAUACUCAGUUUCAAAGCCAGGAAGAAUCUAAUGAACUCUCUCAAGAAUCACAGAAGAACUUCCAAGAGGAAUCUAUGCAGACAGAUACGACUAAGCCCAUAAUGAUCCCAAAGAAGCAUUAUUACUCACUGAAAGGAGACAUUGACUACUUGAGAGACCUCACUAAAGAGCAGAUGGUUGAGUCAAUAAAGGUGCAAGCUUUCUAUGCUGAUAAGAACAAAGCAAUUAUUGAUCUGUUAAGAAAUGAAUAACUAAACAAAAUCUCUUAACUUAAAUGCUAGCUCGUGUUUGAGCUGGCAGUAGA